GCCAAAGGUCUUGCUGGUGCAGUUAGGGAGUCACCUGAAGUUGCCCACCUGUCCAGAUGUGGGAGAGUCAAUUGCGAGUCGGUCCCUAACUAGGAAAAGGGAGAAGAGCGAAGGGGGAAAAAAAAAAGAGAAUCCAACCCUGGGCUUCCAAAGCAAGGAUGUAGUUUGCAGCAGGGGGGGCCUGCCUGCUCUAGGUAGCAUUUCCUCCUGCACCCCCCCCCCUUUGGGAUCACAGGAGGAGUUUUUGUGAUGGAUUCCUCGGUGACCGGGUCAGGAACGGCGCAGAAACAUCCUUGAAAGACUGCAGGUGACUUCCCAACAAUGUUCCCCAGAGAUCCACAGCCGGAGAUGUCAGCAAUUGAACCUGGAACCCACCAGGUGCCGGUUGCCAAGCGGGAGCUCUUCCAUAGGGCUGCAGCCCCCUACUCUCAUGGGUUGUCCUGGCCCAAUAGGCCAGUGUGAGGUGAACGACUGCCCUAGGGCUUGCCCCAGAAUCUUUUUGCAACGUGGAAGAGAACCAACCGGUUGUCGUGCAGAAGAUACCUGCAGAGCCCCGGGAGACUCCCUGAGCGCAGUCCGCCAUGAGCUAGGGGGCAGCUGCCUUCCCCCUGCCCUUUGGCCAUGAGAGAACGAUGGAUCAGAACACGUUCUCCCACGUCCAGUUAUGGUGCCCGCGGCCCUUCGGCACCUACUCCCAGAACAAGCAGUGCAGCGGCGGCCAAGUGAAGAAGGCCUUUGGAGACUUCGCCUGCAAAGCCAAGGAAGAGGGGGCCAGCAGUGGUGAGGCCUGCUCGGAGAACACACCACCCGCCCCGCCACCGCCACCCCCUGCCGUCUCCCCCAGCCCCAGCCAGGUGGAGGAGGGACGGGUGCUUUUGGAUACGUGGUACGUGAUCAAGCCAGGCAACACCAAGGAGAAGAUCGCGUUUUUUGUGGCCCACCAGUGCAGCAGCGGUAGCCGAGCAAGCGCCAUGAAAGUCAAAGGUAACUGGGGGAGCGACAGCUCCAAGGCCAAGCGCCGGCGGCGGUCCCAUGACCCCAGCAAAAGCAAAGCGUGCCCGGUCAAGCCCAAGGACAGUAGCAAGGAAGCCGAGGACGUGUGCCUUUGUCCGGAGUCCAACCCUGACUCAGGCGGCGACACUGACCUACUCUCGGUGGCAGAGAUGGUGGCUCUGGUGGAGCAACGGACGGCAUUGGCUCUGCAGAACUACCCCCGGCCGAGCCCACCUGCCGCGACGUCGUCCCCCAUGGUGUUUGUGUCUACAGACCAGGAGCAAGGAGACGGUGGGGACAAGAAGGCAUCCUCGCUGGGAGGCGGCUCAGACUGCAGCCGGGUGGCUGAGGCCGUGGCCCACUUCGAGUCGCAGCAGCGGGAGCGGAAUGUCUUGCGGCAGAACGGCUUGUGCCGGGAGUCCCCUGAGUGCGUGGCCAACUCCCAGCACAGCCCGGGUGAAGUCCGCAUUGCCUUCCGUAUCUCCAGCAGCCGGGAGCCGCGUUCGCCCACCGAAGGAGGCUCCAACACCCGCCCCAAUUGUAUGUUCAUGAGCUGCGGAGGUUCGCCGACAAGUAACGCAGCCCGUGCCAAAGACAAGAUCACGUGCGACCUCUAUCAACUUAUCAGUCCCUCCAGGGACACUCUCCCCAACAAUGUGGACUUCCUUCUGGCAAGUGCCUCCCCCAAAGGGGCAGAGGGAUCAGGCACCGAGCCCCCCGACGUCGAGAUGACUUGUGGGGACAGCCAAGGUGGCUCUAGCAAACUGGAUGCCAUCCCAGAGGGUGGCAGAUCUGGUGGGGAGAAGCUGGGUGGCCCACCGGGCUCUCUCUCCAGGGACUGUGUUUCUGGCUUCCACGUUGAUGUGGUUGUCACGGGUGUGGUGGACCAGUGUGUCUUCUUUGGCAAAGACAGCACCAAGAAUAUGAAGGAGGAAACUGUUUGCCUCACGGUUAGCUCUCCAACCCAAGAAGUGCUGUGCUCGUCUUGCGAUGACCCCCCGCCGGGACAGCUCUUCUUCCUGCACACCCAAACCACUCGGCCAGAAGACAGCAGGGACGGAGACGGUUUGUUCUUGGACACCACCAGUAGUAGUGACGGCGGGCCCGAGAGGUCUGACGGGUCCGGACUUGAGUCAGCAGCCUCGGAUACCUCUCUGUGCCGUCUCUAUCGCCACGUCUCCCACGACUUCUUGGAGAUUCGCUUCAAGAUCCAGCGGUUGCUGGAACCUCGCCAGUACAUGCUGCUGCUUCCUGACCAUAUCAUGGUAAAGAUUUUCAGCUACUUGCCCACGCAGUCGCUGGCUGCCUUAAAAUGCUCCUGCCACUAUUUCAAGUAUAUCAUCGAGACGUUCGGCGUGCAAGCCACAGACUCUCGGUGGAACAGGGACCCCCUGUAUCGCGACGACCCCUGUAAGCAGUGCAAGAAGCACUACGAGAAAGGGGACGUCUCCCUCUGCCGCUGGCACCCCAAGCCCUAUCAUCACGACUUGCCUUACGGACGCUCCUACUGGAUGUGCUGCCGGCAAACAGACAAAGACACACCUGGGUGCCGGGUGGGACUCCAUGAUAACAACUGGGUGCAACCGUGUGAUAUGUUGCGAGAACGGGCCGCCCGGAGGGAGGACGGGAGGUGAGGGGCGGAGGAAGAGGAGGAGGAGGAGAGCUUUUGAUGAAGGAAUCCUCUCCUCUCUCUUUCCUUUUUUCUUGUGUGCAAGAGUGUGUGGUGGUGUGAGUGUGCUUUACAAGAAUUUUGUUGUGUUGAGGUUUGGGUUCUUUUUUUCCUGGUUGCGUUUGCCAGUUUGGGUUUGAUUUCCCCUCCCCACCACAUUAGCAGAAAGGAAGUUUAAGGGGGGGGGGGAACCCUAUCUAUGAAAAAAGAUUUUUAAAAUGUUAUAUAAAAUAAAGAGCCACAGGGUCCCAGAUCAACAUGCCUCGGUGGAGGGGAGUAAGAUGGGGUAUCUUAUCUUUGCCGGCCUUGGCAGCUCAUUACCAGCUUUUGGGAGAUUGAGUAAAGAUUCCAGAAUUGACAUGCAAACACCCGAAAUGAGGUUGUUUCCUUUGUAGAUGCGAAAGCCAUCCUCUGUCCUUCACACACGGCGGGGCAGGUCUCUACAAAGUACAGUUCGACCAGCGCAUGGAUGCUGAGCUCCAUUUUGGGACAGCAUCUUUCCGCUCCUUCCUUCUGAGGCUUCAGCACAUGGGAAGCUUAACAAGUCACUGGCGAGGCGAUGUCUGCACUACCCUUUUAAUCUGGUUUCAGAUCUUGCUCAUAACAAGCGACGCUCAUGACUCUCAGAACUGUAGUCCGCUUCAGGGAAUCUCGGUGACUCCUUAGUGCCCUGGCAGAAAGUUAUCCCUAGGAGAACAAACGCAGACGGGGUUGGGAAUGGUCGGCCAGAGGGGUGCUACUUUGAAAUCAAGAAGCACGCGCUAAGAGGAGGGAGGGAAUUUGGGCCUGCUUGCCUCAGGUUCUUAAUUAGUCGGGCACCCUUUACCAGUCGCAGUGUAGCUCUCUUGCCACCCCCAGAUGCAAAUAACCACUAGGUGAAGAGAUGUGGCUGUUCUCUUCCUGCUAACCCCUUUCAGACCAUUUUUGCUCCACCUGACCGAUUCUGUUUGCCCCUCCUCCAUCUGCCCCACCUUUUGGAUCUCUCCUCUUCCCUCUCUGCUUCUCCCUUUAAUGUCUUCUGCUCUGGAAAAGCUUGCUUUGCAGAGCUGUUUCAAAUCCGCUAUUCUUUCCAUCCCAUCAUAGCUCCACCUAUCUCUGGCAUUGCGUGCUACCCAUAUGCUUCUAGCCCUGUCGCCGCAAAUCAGUUCCCGUUUUUCCUCUCUGCAUGUUCCUGAGCCAUUCCUGCAUUUUUGCAAGUGUGGGCAUCUCUGCCACAAAUCUAAAACCCGCUCUAACACUGGCAGCCUAUCCAGAAGAGCGCACUGGGGCACUAUAGUUCGACAAGGAGCAUCUCUAACGGGGAAUUCUCCACCCUUCUCCUGAACGGCAAUCCCUAAGAUGGGAGCUGGGCCGCUUGGAUCCAGUUUUGUGAAAGGUGAUUUCACAUUUCUCGUUUAAUCCCAGACUCCGGUUUUUGAGCUGCGAAAGGUUACAGGUGCAAUGGUGCGAAUGGCUUUAACUGGAACUUUCCAAUGCAAGAAUUGCUGGCACAAAAACAUACUGGGUGGGGAGCCACCUUUAAAACGGGCAGCUUAACCAUAGCGCCUUGGCUGGUUUUGCUUUCAGCCUGCAGCACACAGCAAAGCGCGACUGCAGCCUGCUGCUUUCUCCCCAGGCAACUUGCCCCGGAAUCUGGCUCAAUAGUCAGGCUUGGGAGGGACUAGGAUGCUGCCAUGGCCACCCUGCUGCUGUGUUUAGGUCUGCCUGGAAACUGCUGCAUAUCUAACAGCCCUGCGAGGCGGGCUUUCAGCCUGUUAGGGCCUCUCUCCCCAGUAGGGGAGGGUCUGUUCCCCCAAUACACUGCCCUGCUCUCUUUAUCCUGCUGCCUUGAAGCUGGCCGAGUUGUCUUAGGGCUAUGAACUCUCAAAUCAUCUUAAGGGCUCCGUGCACAGGGUGUGGGAGAGCCCCUCCUCGGCUGGCAGGGGGAGUUGUCGAAUCCCCCCCCCCCCAAAAAGGGCUGCUCUUUCACUUUUUAAUGCCACUUUCUCUCUUUCCUAGGCUGCCGUUUUGAUGGGUGUCCGCGCGUGAGAAUAUGUUUGGGAGACGUGGGGGUGACUCCCUGCCCAGGGGCUCCUUUCCUACUAAUUUUUAAAAUCUCUGAGCAAAGAGGUUGGCCCCUGGAAUCCCCUCUGGCCUGGUACAGGGAGAUGUUCUUGUAGAAGGAGCAUUGAUGACUCAGAACUGGAUGCUCUCUUCUGUAGACGAUAAUGGUUCUCCCCCCCCCCCCCAUGUGAUCGCGUACCCAGUGCACCUGCCUCUUGCUCCCCUCUGAUCCAUGGAAGCAAAAGUUCACCGUGCCCCUUCCCAGUCUUAACUGCGCUGCCUCAGCCGGGCUGAUGGCUCCUCUUAAGGGUCCCCUGCCUUUUGCAAACUUCCCAUUCUAGACCCCUUCAAGGCUGUUUCUUGUUCCGUCAAGAUUUGCACAGAACGGCUGGAAGUGCAACUUCUCCCUAAUACUGGGCAGGAGAGAUUGCAGCCUCUCUAAUGCUUCCUUCUGUGCAACUUCUAGGCUCUGGUUUAUGGAGUCUUUCAGCCCUAGUUCUCACGCUGGGAUGAGUGGUGGCUUCUCCCUGUUUGGGGGUCCUGACUCGCUUCUUCCCACGGGCUGCCUUCAAGUGCUUUAGGCCUCCACACUGUGCAUAGCUUUGCGCACCCACCCACACCUCGGCGUGUGCCCUGAAUUCAGGUGUUAAGUCUCCCCCUCCGGCCAUGAUCACAGGGGUUGGUAUUUCCCCUCAGCGCCUUCCCAAAUUCGACCAGGGUUUGUUUUCAUCACCUUCCCACGUCCCCGCACACGUAACCUAAGCUGGCAAAGAGCAGAAGGCCUCCCUCUACCACCGCCCCCUCCCUCCAAUCUCGAUCACGCUGGUAUUUAUAUGCCUGUUUUUUGUCUCCGUACAUGUGUGACAUUUUCAAAUGACUGUUGAGUGGAGGAAUAAAAAAUUAAACUGCAGGAAA